AUGGAAUCUCCUCCACUACUCAGACUCGGUCAUCUGGCGGCCGUCGACAUGCCUGUGAUCGUUUGUGAUAUCGAAAAACCAUGUCUAUUAUGUGUUCGUUCAGGGGCUUCGUGUGUAACAACACCGUCUAGAGCUUCAAGAAAAUCGAAGCAAUUCCGGAGAAAAACGGUCCACAAGAGUACCGCUACCCCUAGUGCUUCGGGGACGCCCCCGGCCACCCACAAAGACUGCGACUCUGGACCGUCAAAUUCGCAAACUAAAUAUUUCCUAGAUCAUCCUCAACCCGUGGGUCAAGGAGAAAAGGGCCUCUAUUCAAGUCCAGCUCUGUCAAACUCACUGCAUGACGAUGACACAAUAUCUCAACAAACUACACCGUUCCCCGCGCCAGAUAAGUAUGCUGAGAUGUCUACGAUUGGACUUACAAGUAAGCUUUUUCACAUUCACAAGCAAGAGUCAAUCAACUCUUUGGCAGAAAGCUAUAGUACAAAUGCUAUUCCAGGCGGAGACUUCGUAAAUACCCAUAGCAAAGAUCGCCAGACGGUUCAGUCAGUUAGCUUAGACUCGCUGUUUCCAGGAUUUACUUUUCCACCACGGCCAAUUUGCGAUUUUCUUGUAGAGUCCUACAGAAAGUCGGUGCAUUGGUUCAUGUUGCUUUUCCACGAAGCUUCAUUUGCAAGCGAGUACAGGGAGGUGAUGGAUAGCCAAGCGGCUAGUCCUCGUCAACUUGGAACCGUUGUACUCUUUCUAAUGGUGUUCGCUAUGGGAGAGCGGUACACUACCGGUGAAGAAGUUUUGGAAGCCUGUGGGACGAAUCUGGACGUAGAAGCACUCCAGCAGCGAAUGCUCAAAGAAGUACAAGCACAUCUUUUUGAUGUUAUCGAUAUUGGUGGAAUUGAGUCGGUCCAGAUUUGUGUUUUGCUAAGUUCGUUUUAUAUGUACAAUGGUAGACCAAACCUAGCUUUGGCUAUAUUGGGAGCAGGGAUACGAAGCUCACAGGCCAUUGGACUACACAAGGAGUCUUUGUGGGGACCUCUUACCGAGACUGUCAAGGAGGUUCGACGCCGCACAUGGUGGGCACUCUAUGUUUAUGACAGGUUCUCGUCGAUUACAUACGGGCGGCCCUUAUCCAUCAACGAUUCUGAUUGUGAUGUACGCAUGCCCGGUAAUCUGGAUGAUGCCUCCAGCGUCCAUCCACUGUUGAAUUCUCUAGAGCUUUUGGAUGCAGAUUCUUCAACUCAAGUCACCUUAAACUCGUACCAUCGAUUCAAAUUCGCUUUGUAUGCUAUUGCAACUCCUAUUAUUGGUGAUAUUUAUAAUUUGAAAAACUCAAAUCCCUCGAACAUGGCACAACAGGCUGUAUCGAUUAAUGCAAAUCUCGUGAGGUUGUUUGACCAACUGCCUCCAGAACUAAAGCUAAAUUCAAAUACAGAUUUCGAUGUUAGCAAUCUUUCAGCUUCUGAGGUCAGGAUAUGCAGGUUAUUCCAGCUACAAGCUCUUGUAUUGCAGCUAGCAUAUGACAAUAUUCAAAUAAUUCUUCACCGGCCAUUUCUUCGAUACAAUCAUUGUUUGGCUGGACUUCCUUCAUCUGCUGCGUCUGAUUUACGUUCCACAAGCUUGGAGCAAUGCAGGCAUUGCGCCAGACGAACCUGUAACAUUUCACCGCGUUACUCAGAUCUUCUCCUAGCUGCUCGAGACACCCAUGCUGUUGCAUAUGUCGCUAUUCAGAAUUUCAGAGCAGGAGUCACAUUAGGAAUGGUGGCUUUGUCAGACCCAGGUUCGGAACAAGCACAGAAUGCAAAAAGAGGGGUCUCGAAUUCCAUAUCCCUUCAGAGGAUGCUCGCAGUAUCUUCCAUCGUUCCAUUACAAACGGUGAAGGUUUUGGAGGAGCUUCUACGACUUAUAUUCAAAAGAGAAAUGGAGAUAAUGCUUCAUGGUCCUCCAUUAAAUCUGGAGACUGGCAAAGUCGCUCCCAAUUUUUCGCAGCAGGAACAAGAAAUCAAUGAGUCGCCUCAUAAUCAUGUGCAAAAUAAGGCAACACUACCCAAAUAUCCGCCAUUGCAGACUUCGCAAACCGUUGUGAUGGACCCCGUGCAAGAUUCCCUUCUCUGGCAAAAUUCGCAUCCGGUGACAAGUUCAGAAACAUUGUCUAUGAAUACUACUGGCUUAUGUGGAAAUGCAUGUGGACCGCAAAGGCAGGUGGCGGUUGACGAUUUAGAAAAUCCGAUCACUCUCCCACCAGAAGUAGUUCAAUCUUUCGACGUAAACGGGACUUUAGGACAGAGUUCCUGCGAUCUAUAUGGACAGUGUUGGAUGUGGAAUUGGGAUAUCUCUGAUGGGGAUAAGGGACCCCGCUUCGGGUAA